CCUGAGCACUAACAUCAAAACUUGAGUCCCCCCCUCUCCCCCUCUCACUCUUCUCCUGCUUGCUUCAUCAAAAUUUUGGAGAUGCAUUCAAAAGAUGAAGAGAAGCUUCUGAAACACAGAUUUUCGAGUUGCUUUGAUGAUGAUUUGCGGCGGGCUUAUGCGGAUUCGGAGUGGACUGGGACUAUGGCUUAUCGAUCCUGGAAACAUGUUCUAAGAAGCACCGGCGGCAACGAAUCACACACCAGCCGAUUGUACAAGGAAGCUGUGGGAAGAGUGGAGAAAAAAGCCAGAGCUGUCUAUGUGGAAGAAGACACAACCAGUAAGGAUGAAUUCGUGCAAAUAAUGAUAGAACAAGGUUGUUUCAUACUACAAGUAGUCUUAUGCUCCUUGGGUGGUCCAAAGCUAUUGGGUUAUCCUCCAAAUGAUCCAUUUUUCGGUGAGAACAGAUGGAACAAGGAACAGAUCAGACGCUGGGUCACAUCUAUAUUUUCUGUCAAGAAGCAAAUCCCACUUGUAGUCCUCAAGGUGUUGAUGAAACAAAGCUUCUUCCAAAAGGUAUUAAAAUCUGGAAAAUGGAAGAGGCCAAAGGACUUGGCCAGGAUGGCUUUGUAUGAUUUUGUUGUAGAACCAAUGCUAGAUGAACCAGUGAACCACAGAAGCUCUAUAAGGAGACUUCUGGGCUUUUUAUUCAACAAGAGGAGGAGCCGUCGUUUCCAUCAAGAACCCGUUACUCCACUCCAUGCUCUUUGGUUGUUGCUGACUGGACCAGUGGGCUCCCGUCGUGGUGGUGGUGCAAACCAUAUUGAGGAAGAUGAGGCUGAUCACCUAUAUACCACCUUGUCCUCCGUACGAAGUAUUAUGGAACUACAAUCAUCGGGAAUCGCUUUCAAGAGCGACGAAGGAUUGGGCACGAGACAGAUAACAUUCACGAAAAGAAUGUUAGAUGCCCAUCUUUACCUCCCCUGCAUCUACAUGGAACAUGACACUAUGGCUUUGUUCCAGAAUCUGAUUGAUUAUGAAGCUGCUGUUGGUAUGGACAUAAACGGGCGUGAGAUUUCUGCAUAUAUAAGCUUCAUGAAAGAACUCAUCCGUAGUCGUGACGAUGUCAAAGUCCUUGUCCAACAGGGAAUCAUCGAUACUAAUCCUGACUUUGAAAAUGAAUUGCCUGGUAAAUUAUGGAGCUUGGACACAUUGGAGGUGGGAAACAGCCACAAUCUUGUUUCCAUUCGGCGUCAGAUUCGUAGAUAUGUGAGGCCAAGCAUCCGAGCAAAGAUGGUGAAUCUCGUUGUCAUAGGUGUUUUUCUUACCUUGGUGCAGACCAUAUACACUGCACUUAGCUAUCAUCACCCACACGUCUGAUAGAGAAUGGUUUAGCUAGCACUGACAAAGCAAAGGAACAAUGGAUGGAAAUUCUAUCUGGUAUAUAUGUUUCAUUCUUCUUUUU